UAUUUGGUGCAUACGCCUUAAUUUAUUUGCCGAUCUUAAACAAUAACAAAAAGUAAAAAAGUUUUUAAAUUAUAAUGCCGCAUUUUCUAAAUAGAGAAGGAAGAACAACAUGCUGGGAACAUAGAGAUAAUUACUGGGCUUGUUUGGAUAAAUAUGCACCUGAGUUCAAUAGAAACAAUGCGGAUGAAAAAGAACCAAAGGAAUGUGUUCAACUAAGAAAACUAUUUGAAACGGGAUGUCCUUCCCAAUGGAUAACCCAUUUUGAUAGAAAACGCACUUACGAGCAGUUUAAAAGGCGAAUGGAAAAAGGUUUUGAUCCACUAAAGGAAGAUGAAAAGAAAUAAUCAUAUUCAAAUCAAAUGGGUUUUUAUUAUUUAAAUAAAUGUAAUAAACUUAGAUAAUUAUUAGAAUUCUACAUAAUUUCUUGAUCUUCCAUUUCUUUUGUAUCCACUUCUAUACUGACUAUGUGUUUCUUAGGAACAAUUACCGAGCCUAAAAAUCGCUCUUCUUCGUCUCUGAAUUCAGAACAAAUGCCC